AUGCCAUUCCUGGCGCGGGAAGGGGUUAAAGGCCUCCCUGAGCUCAGAAACAUGCAGGUGUCCCACGGUGGGAAAGCCUCGCUGGGGUUGGGAGGGGCAGGUGUAUCCCAGUCCCUCAGAGGAAAAGAAUUGAAAUCCAGGGUGGGUGCUAGGCCAGCUCUAGCUGGGGGAAAGCUUUUUUUUUUUCCUUGGAGAAGCCUCUGCGAGGGGACCAUGUGGUCCUGGCGCUUGUGGGUCUGUUGGGGACCUCUAGCUGCCUUGCUGCUCCUGGAGAUGCCUCCCGUGGGCCACGCACUGCCCCCCAUUCGGUAUUCUCACGCUGGGAUCUGCCCCAACGACAUGAACCCCAAUCUCUGGGUUGACGCUCAGAGCACCUGCAAGCGAGAAUGUGAAACAGACCAGGAGUGUGAGACAUAUGAGAAAUGCUGCCCCAACGUCUGUGGCACCAAGAGCUGUGUGGCUGCUCGAUACAUGGAUGUGAAGGGCAAGAAAGGCCCUGUGGGCAUGCCCCGGGAGGCCACCUGUGACCACUUCAUGUGCCUGCAGCAGGGCUCUGAGUGUGAUAUCUGGGAUGGGCAACCUGUCUGCAAAUGCAAGGACCGAUGUGAGAAGGAGCCCAGUUUCACUUGUGCCUCUGACGGCCUCACUUACUAUAAUCGCUGCUACAUGGAUGCGGAGGCCUGCUCCAAAGGCAUCACGCUCACCGUAGUUACGUGCCGCUAUCACCUCACUUGGCCCAAUACCAGCCCCCCACCACCAGACACCACUCUUAGUCCCACCACAGUCUCCCCAGAAACUCCCAUGGUGGACCUGGCAGCUCCAGCGCUGCUCAAUCACCCUCACCACCAGUCGGUCCGUGUAGGGGAAACAGUGAGCUUCCUCUGUGAUGUUGUAGGCCGACCUCGGCCAGAGAUCACAUGGGAGAAACAGCUGGAGGACCGAGAAAACGUGGUUAUGCGGCCCAACCAUGUGCGUGGCAAUGUGGUUGUCACCAACAUAGCCCAGUUGGUCAUCUACAAUGCCCAACCCCAGGACGCUGGCAUCUAUACCUGCACAGCUAAAAAUGCUGGGGGGCUCCUUCGUGUUGAUUUCCCUCUGUCUGUGGUACGGGGGGAGGUGUCAGUCUCAGAGCAUGGGCCAAAUGGGACGGCCUUCCCCAUGAACGAAUGCCUGAAGCCGCCUGAUGGGGAGGACUGUGGGGAAGAGCUGACCCGUUGGCACUAUGAUGCCCAAGCUAACAACUGCUUCACUUUCACCUUUGGCAAUUGCUACCACAAUCACAACCACUUUGAGACCUAUGAGGCAUGCAUGCUGGCAUGCAUGAGUGGACCCCUGGCUGUGUGUGGUCUGCCUGCCCUACAGGGCCCCUGCAAAGCAUAUUCCCCUCGUUGGGCAUACAACGGGCAGACCGGCCAAUGCCAGUCAUUUGUCUAUGGAGGCUGUGGGGGCAACGGGAACAACUUUGAGAGCCGAGAGGCUUGUGAGGAAACUUGCCCCUUCCCUCGGGGGAGCCAGCAUUGUAGGGCCUGCAAGGCCAGGCAGAAGCUGGUGACAAGCUUCUGCCGGAGCGACUUUGUCAUCCUUGGCAGAGUCUCAGAGGUGACAGAGGAGCCAGAUUCUGGACGAGCACUCGUGACUGUGGACGAGGUACUGAAGGAUGAGAAGAUGGGGCUGAAGUUUUUGGGCCAGGAGCCAUUGGAGAUCACCUUGUUGCACAUGGACUGGGCCUGCCCCUGCCCCAAUGUAACUGUCAGUGAAACGCCACUCAUCAUCAUGGGAGAAGUGGAUGGUGGCAUGGCGGUGCUUCGGCCAGAUAGCUUUGUGGGGCCUUCGAGCAUCAGGAGGGUCAGGAAGCUGCGGGAGGUCUUGCACAAGAAGACCUGUGAGCUCCUUAAGGAAUUCCUUGGCCUUCACUGA